AUCUGAUGACGAGGUAAGUUCAAGCCUAUUUCAGUCUCUUUUUUUUUUUGUCACAGCCCUCCACAACACAUUUGUUAUAUCCAUAGGAUCAUAGAACACCUUCUUCAUCUACCUCCAUUCUGUUGUCCCCUUGAACCUCCGGUACCCAUAACAUACACCUCUCUCUCUCUCUCUCUAAAUGAUGGCGGACGGGAAGCCUCAAGCCAAUAUUGGGAUUCCCGUUUCCGGCCAGAAGAAUAGUAUUACACCGAUUCCGGCUUUCGAUCCCCCGAAAAAACCGAAACGGAACAAGUAUGCCUUUGCUUGUGCCAUUUUGGCCUCCAUGACUUCCAGCUUACUUGGUUAUGAUAUAGGGGUGAUGAGUGGGGCCGGCCUCUUCAUCCAAAAGGACCUGAAAAUCAGCGACACCAAGCUGGAAGUCCUGAUGGGGAUCCUGAAUGUCUACUGCCUAAUCGGCUCCGCUGCCGCCGGCCGCACCUCCGACUGGAUCGGCCGCCGCUACACCAUCGUGCUCGCCUCCGUGUUCUUCUUCGUCGGAGCACUCCUCAUGGGCUUCGCCCCCAACUACGCCUUCCUCAUGGUCGGCCGGUUCGUCGCCGGCGUCGGAGUCGGUUACGCCCUCAUGAUCGCCUCCGUCUACACGGCCGAAGUCUCCCCCGCUUCGUCUCGCGGAUUUCUUACCUCGUUUCCUGAAGUCUUCAUUAACGCCGGUAUAUUACUGGGCUACGUAUCAAACUACGCCUUCUCCAAGCUCCCGCUCCACCUAGGCUGGCGCCUCAUGCUCGGAGUCGGAGGAAUCCCGUCGGUCUUCCUGGCCCUCGGAGUCCUAGCAAUGCCCGAGUCGCCCCGGUGGCUCGUCCUCCAGGGUCGACUCGGGGACGCGAAGCGAGUCCUGGAUAGAACGUCCGAUUCCAAAGAGGAGGCUUUGCUUCGGCUGGCCGACAUCAAGGAGGCGGCUGGGAUCCCCGAGGAGUGCAACGACGACGUCGUCCAGAUGCCGAAGCGCAGCCACGGAGAAGAUGUUUGGAAGGAGUUGCUUCUCCACCCCACGCCCCCCGUUAAGCAUAUUCUCAUUGCCGGCAUCGGGAUUCACUUUUUUCAACAGACUUCUGGCAUCGACGCUGUCGUUUUGUACAGCCCCAAAAUUUUCAAGAAAGCAGGUAUAACGAACGAAGACAUGUUGCUACUUUGCACGGUGGCGGUAGGAGUCGUCAAGACCAUGUUCAUUCUCGUGGCCACAUUUUUACUGGAUCGGGUUGGGCGAAGGCCAUUACUCUUAACCAGCGUUGCCGGAAUGGUCUUGUCCCUCGCCAGUCUAGGGAUGUUUCUAACAAUCAUAGACCAAUCCACCAAGAAACUAUACUGGGCCCUAGCUCUGGCCAUCACCUCGGUGCUGGCAUAUGUCGCGACCUUCUCCAUCGGUAUGGGGCCCAUCACAGGCGUCUACAGCUCCGAGAUCUUCCCCUUGAGGCUGCGAGCCCAGGGGAUGAGCAUGGUAGUGGCUGUGAACCGCGUGAUGAGCGGUGUCAUAUCGAUGACCUUCUUGUCCUUCUCGAAGGCGAUUACCAUCGGAGGGGCCUUCUUUUUCUUUAUGGGAGUGGCUAUGGUUGGAUGGGUGUUCUUUUACACGCUGAUGCCCGAAACGCAGGGGAAGACCCUCGAGGAAAUGCAGGUCUUGUUUGGCACCUUCUUCCGGUGGAGGACGACGAUGAGGGAGUUGGAGAAGAACAAGAGAGUUACCGGUACCGACAGUGAAGGCGAUCAAGGUAACGGUAAUGGUUAGAUUCAGAUGGGGACCGCUAAGAACUAAAUGUUACUGAUCUAUUUAUGUCCUUCAGUUAGAUGGUUCGUAUACAGUCCGAUGGACCUUGUUUGGAUUGGAAGAAAAUAUGUCUAGAGAGAGAGAAAAAGAAAAGAAAAGAAAGGAGAUGCCAGUGAUGUUAGAGAGAGAGAGAGAGAGAGAGGAGACCAAGGAAGAUCAGACAAAUCAUGUGUAAUGUGGAGAGAAGGAAAAACAAUAUAGUGAAAAAAAUUGAAUGAAUGGAAAAAUAUUUCUUAUA